CUGUUGUUAGGAUUAGUUUUUGCCCUCUUUGACGAUCCGUACUUGGUAGAAGCUACUUCCGUCAAAUGGCGUUCUGUUGUUGUCAUGGCGGCGAUUCAAACUGCUCUCAACUGGAGCCAAAAUUUUAAAUGAUAGCUCUUAAUAAAGGUAAGGCAAGUUUUUAUGAACUUUACUUUGGCAUCUUUAUUUGCAUAAAAUAAUUCUGAAUUCCUUAAAUUACCAAAAACGUGGUCAAAAUGGACGUCAAAACGGUUGCAUGGAUAGCAUGGGAUUAACAGAAUGCUAGCGAAUUUAAGUUAAAAAACGUAAUUGGCUUUUAAAUGCAAAAUAUCCGUAUUUUUCGGGACUUUCUUUUUACAUGAGCUGGUUUUUUUCCGCUAUAAUGGCCGCACAGUUCUAGUGUUAUAACAGCUUCGGCAAGACAAUCAAGUCGAGGCAGAGACUGGGUUUAUUUAGUAUCCUACAAUCAAACGAAAGUUACAGCUGCGAUUCUUACAACUCUACCGGGAUGUUUCAAUCAAAGCUGUUGUUCAACGAAGCUAUCCCUGCAAGCACCAACAACCGUGCCACCCAUGUGUGCCCACCAGCUCCUAUUGUUAUUGAAAGGUUGCCACCACUGGCAGAGGAGCCUGAGAAGAUGGACAGCACCAGAAGCUCCAUCAGCUUCACCGCCCUCUCUGAGGAGAAACUGUUGUCUGCAGUUCGGUUGGCCAAGCGUGAUCUUAGAAGAAGGCGCCUUAAGUCACUAACAAAUUCUCCUCCCAAACCCUCUCAGGAGGUCUCCCUCCUUGAGACAAGUGACGCAGAGCUUCUUCAGGAGCUUGCAGCCACUCCAACUAAAACAAAAUUAAAAUCCUCAAGUCCAAAAGAGAGGGCAGCACGGCCUGGAGCCAAACUUUCAGUGCACAAUUUCCACAAACAUCCCAUUUCUCCCAUCCUUUGCGCCAGCUAUUCACCCCCAACCAGAGACCCUGGCCAAGGCCAGCUACAACAAGGCAAACAGGCUCCCUUAAGCCAUGAGAUACAAAAGUUGCAAAAUGAGCUGGAAGUUUAUAUCCAGAAAGUCGAGGAGCUGGCCAACAGAGGUGACCAGAAACUAAAAGGAGAGAAAGUAGAGGAGCCACUGGAGCCUGAAGAGCAAAACAAGUUGGAAAUCCGCAGACAGAAGCAGGCAGCCAGAUCAGGACGUAUGAUUUAUGUUCUCCAACAACAGGUUAAAGAGAUUCAAGAGGAUAUUAUAAAACUACGAAACCAGAAGACGUGGGACACCAAAAAGUCCCUGGCAAUAAACAGGCUUGCGGCUGCCCACCGUGGGGCACUCAGGGCCUUGCAGGUUGUUAUCCACCAGCUCUCGGAUCUAUCUUAUGGAAAGGUACCCUCUCACUACAGAGAGCUGGGCCAGCUGAUUCGCCAGCUGUCUUUGUGCUCAGCAAAGGUUGAAGUAGAGCAGGGUUCAGCUGUCCCUGAGACUGCCCUUGACAUUCUGCAGAAACUAGAGGUUUUGGAUUCUGCUCUUAAUAAGCAAGAGAUGCUGGAAAAGAAGCAGGCUGAAGCAUGUCAGCCACACAGGAAGCCUACUCAACGCAGCACGUCGCCUAUGGGACCCAAGGGUCCCAGCACCUCAUCUGUUCAAGGGCCACGCAAAGCCAUAAAUCCCAAAAGAGGUUUCCAUGGGAGAAGAAUGGUCCCAAAGAAGCCAAAAACAACAUUUCACCAGCUUGUGAACAGGAGAGAGGUGCUGAGGGCUGGCUUGGAGAGACUUGCCCAACAGAGGGAGCUGAAAGAGCAGCCAACAAGACCUCAGACAAACACUCACCGCAGAAAAGGAGGGGCUCUACACUCUGAUAGGAACAAGGCUGAUGUUAUAAUGAAGGGUCAUCAUGUACAAAAUGCAGGUUUCCAGCAACCCACAGUCUCCUCUCAGCUGCGAGUCAACCAGCUCCCUCAAAAAGAGCACUCUGUGCCCUGGAUACCUACGUCCCCUCAUUCUCCUCCUCCACAGCGAUCCCCUCAAAGGAGAGGACCAGAGCCUCGCUGUCUCUUCUCUCCCAAGAGGCCUUCAAUGAGCCCUCUAAAGCAGAAGGUGGCAACUAGUUUGAGUGUAGAAACAAGGAAACAAGCCGAAAAUGAAGCACUCAGGAAAGCCUGGCUGGAUAAGAUGACAAUACGGAGACUGAGAGAGCUCAACCAGCUGAGCAAAGAGGAAGCUGAACGCAUUAAGACAUUAAGGUCAGAAGUCAUUUCACCAUCUCAGUGGGCUGAGCAAGCUGAGCAGAAGGCCAGAGAGAGAAUUCAGCCGCUUCUGGAUGACGCUCAGAGGAUCAGUGAAUCCAGAAACCAAAUCAGCCCCGCACUGAGGAAUAGGCUGUCUGAUAAGGCUGCAGAGACGGCAGCAGCAAGUGCAGAGCAGCUGAGCGAGGCCCUGCUGGAGGAUCUGUUGGAGGACACUGCUCGGGCAGCGUGGGCAGCCGAGACAGACAGACAUUUAGAAGACGAGGCCCAGCGCAGGCUGCAGGCCCCCACCCUAGAGAGUAUGCUGCUGCGGAUGGAAGAGAUACAGAGAGAUCAGGAGGAAGUGAGGAGACGGUUUGCUUCGAUCAGCUACUCAGACCCUGUUUACUGGGAUCGACCAGGAGCAUCAGGACCCCAGUGUCAUGCUCCCGACUCCAGGCCAGCUUCUCCUCAGCCUAUCAGGCUCACAAGGGCAGUGCUGAUUCAGAGUUCUGCAGCUGAUAUUAUCCUGGAGAAACCAGUAGAGACUGGCAUCCUCUCUGAGAGCAGCCUGACAGAGGAGGUGUCCCAAGAGCAGAAGCAGCCCACACACAGCAACGUCUUCCUGGGCACAGCGGAGCAAAGCAGAGCGACUGUUAUCUCUGUGCCAGGUAGCAUGCUGGGAAACAUCCGGAGAUAUAGGGAGGACUAUGAGGCCUUCCUGCACAGAGUGGCAUACAAGGAUGUCAGCAGUUUCAAACCAUGGGCUGUCGCAGAAAGCCUGGCAGAUGAGUUGCUAUCGGAGGCGCUGGCUGACAUUGCUGCAGAGUUUCAGGAUGUCAUGGAGGAGUAUGCGGAGGCGGUUUUCACCUCAGAGUUCCUUCAGCCAAUCCACUCACCUCCAGCUUCAGCGGCGGCUCUGGUUAGCUAAUAGGAAGCAGCAGGAGACUGGCAGGGCCAAACUGCUUCAGUAUCAAAACAUAUUUAUUUAUCAGCAUUUCAGGCUUAUUGUACAGAUGAUUUCAAUAUCAAGAAGCAUUUUUGGCAAAGGACGGUGAUUUUUUGCGCGUUUCAACAGAUAUUUCACUUUUUUUUAUUGCAUUAAGGACAAAUAGGCAUUAAUUAAUGCCUUGGUGUGACCAGGUAUGACUUUAAUUCGGUUUUCAGAUAUCUUUCUAUGAAGCUGCAGCAGAUAAGAUGCUGAAUCACACAGGGAGCAUGAGUCAUGUUACCCUUUGUGAUCCAUCUGUAACUGUGAUUGAAUUCCACAGGGUAAAGUUAGUUUAGUUUAGAUAAGCUUGGAGAGACCAUUACGACAUCACAGAGGAUUAUAAGAUUACGGCGCUCCCGUUGCACUUGGUUUAAAUCUCCCUGAGGAUUACUCGCACUUUGUAUUUUCAUGUUGGAAUAUGGAAAUAAAUUAAUUGCAUACGGUCUCCAAAAAGAAUGAUGUAGAAAGCCAAGAGCAUCGUGUGUUCAAUCUAUUGUGACUGGAUUUUGUCUUUUGCUUUUAGAUUAAAUAAAAAGGGUUUAAACAGAAAAGAGUGUUAUCCUUCACUGUUUUAUAUACAGUGUGUAAGGGUGCUGGUUGUGAACAUGUGAUAAUGUUGAGCAGUUCUUUGCAAUGAGCUUUUUGGUGCAUUUCUUUAUACUUUUUAUACAAACAUGUCAACUGGCUUAUAUACUGUUGCCACUGCUGAACUGAAUCCUGCAUCUUAAUGGUGUAAAAUGUCAACUCCACAUG